AUGGACCAAUCGGCUCAUGUGUGUUUAGCAUUGAGUCGUUUGUUCUGGAAGAUCACCUUACCUUAUUUCAAGAAUAAGAAGGCAAUUAUCGUAUCAGCAAAAACAAAUGAUAGGAAAUAUGAAGAUUACUUCGAAUGCUUGUUGGAACAACAGUCCAUGGCAAUUGUGUACAAUGACUAUAACGAAAAUAAUAUUCAGCGUAAGGUGAAUAGAAAUGAAAUGGAAAUGGCCAAUUAUGGAUAUGUUUACGCGUCUGACAGCAAACAUAUGUUGAUGAGAGGAUUAGAAAUACUUCAAAGGAAUCAUUCAAAUGCUAAAAUAGUCAUUAUAUUAAGUCAAAGUUCAGCCACCGACUUAACUGAUUUGAUGAAAAUAAUAUGGGAGAAGUAUAACAUGCUUAAUGUUGUGGCAUUAUUAUUGAAUAUAUUUUUGUCUACUAGCAAAUCUAUCAGUGCUCUAGAACAACGCAUAAACAAACAUUAUUCUACUCAUAGGUUAGAUGCUAUAUUAUAUAAUCCAUUCAUAGAAAACGAUGAUGAAAAAGGUCGCUUUUAUAUAUUUUCGGGAAGCAAAGAUAAUGAUUUAGAAUCAGUGUCCAAAAAGAUAUUGAGGAUGCACAGAGAGAGAACUUUUAAUGCCUAUCAACAUCCUCUGCGCGUUGGCAUGUUCAAUUUAUUUGGUUUAGCACAGUCUGUAGAAGACAAAAACGGUAGUAUCUACCGAUACAAUUUGCCUGAUGGAGAAAUGAUUAAUGCUGUAACAAAAGCUAUAAACUUCAAACCGAUUUUUAUCAAUCCUCCAAAUAAUAGCAUGUACGGAGGUGUCACACAAAAUGGUACAUUUACAGGCGUUUUAGGUCUUCUAGAAUAUGGCAAAGUUGAUGUCACAUUCAACGUGAGGGUUUUGAAACAAUAUGGCCAAGAACAUGCAACAUUCUUACCAGCUAUUGGCGACACGAAACUCUCAUUUGUUGUACCAGUUGUAGAAAAUACAAGUAAACCUACUUUUUUCGGAAUUUUAGAUAAUACUGUAAUGAUUAGUACCUGUAUAAUAUAUGGCAUAAUAUUAUGGAUGGACUAUUAUCUUAACAAAAUCUUAUCAAAAGUUAAAUCUCGGACAAUCUCUAGUGAUAUAGGAUAUAAAGGCAUUACCUUAUUUGGAAUCAUGCUUUUAGUGUCGCAGAAGAAACCAAAGAUUGCCUACAGAAGAUUUCUGGUUGGAUCGCUUGCCAUCUUUUCAACAAUUAUUGCUUUUGUAUAUCAAGGAAACAUGGUAAAAAUUUUGACGGUGAGUCAUGAAUCUAAUAAAUUUGAUACAUUGCAAAGGUUGGUCGACAGUGGAUUGAAAAUUUUGGUGCCGAUUGGUUUGCGUAAUUUUUUGCCAAACGAAAAUAGUACUGACGUGGAUCCUAUUUACUAUCGUCUCUCUCAAAGGCGCACAUUGAUAGACAAUUAUGAAGUUAGUUAUAAACAAGUAGCAUACAAACGUGAUUCAGCCCUAUUUUCUCUAGGAAUAUUUAAUGAAAAUUAUCGAUAUGCUUUAUACUCUAAUAAAACAGGUAACAGUUUAAUACACGUAGUAGACGAAGCACCUACUAGAACCAUCUUGGCCUACAUGGUUUUGAAAGAAAGUCCUUUCAGAGAUAGAAUUAACAAAGUAGUAUUAAGAUUAUUUGAAGGUGGUUUUAGCCAGAAAUUUUUACAUGAUAAUUGUCCAUCUGAAGUAACCAAGAAGGAGGAGAGUUCAAGUUUGUCUUCCAUAACAAAAUAUUCUAAUUGA